AGUCUCAGUACGAGGAUAAUCCAGUAUUCCAGUCGAGUUCCACCUCUCAGACGGUUCAACAUCUGUGCCGACCAGUGAUCAAAACCGGAAGAAAAAUCCAAUUCAUUUUUUUUUCAACGUCGUCGUUAAUCAAAAGGCUUCAAAAUUGCGGAAGAUAUGGCAAACAACCGUGCAACAAAAUCCGGCUUCGCCGCGGAAGCCCAGAGGAAGAUCAACAGCAAAUACAAUGAGGAACAUGCGCACGAGUGCCUCGAGUGGAUCAAAGCGAUCACAGGCGAGUCUUUCAGCACUUCAGGUGACAUGGACAACCUUUACGAAGUCCUCAAGGAUGGAACUCUCCUUUGCAGAUUGGUCAACCAUAUGAAACCUGGUUCUGUGAAGAAGAUUAACACGUCCACCAUGGCUUUCAAAUGUAUGGAAAAUAUAAAUAACUUCCUCGACACCGCACUCGAGAUGGGUGUACCCGCUCAAGAAACUUUCCAGACAGUCGACCUCUGGGAAAGGCAGAAUCUCAACUCGGUUGUCAUCUGUUUACAGUCCCUUGGAAGAAAGGGAGCGAACUAUGGACAACCCAGCAUUGGUCCAAAAGAAGCAAACAAGAAUGUACGUAACUUCACAGAGGACCAACUGAGAGCCGGACAGGGAGUUAUCAGCCUCCAGUACGGAAGCAACAAAGGGGCCAAUCAAAGUGGAAUCAACUUUGGCAACACAAGACAUAUGUAAAACCAGCGGAACAGCGUUGUAUAUAACAUUCCACAACUUAAAAUAUUCUUUGGGAAAAAAAAAGAGAAGAGAAGAAGAAGUAAAGUUAAUUAAUAAUAAUUAGGUGCUAUGAUAAAAUAACGUAGACCCCCCGAAUAUAUAUUUUUUUUUUCAUAAGUAUAUAUAUAAAUACAUUAU